GAUAAAACGCUUUUUACAUAAUUCGUCCUCUUUGAUAGACUAGGCGAAUGAAUACAUAUAUAUUUUACCCCUCGUCGGAAUUUCGCAUGAGGCAUACAACAUUGCUCUCCAGUCUCUAAAGAUGUUUUGGACAGCAUCGUUAUCAUGGGUGUUGCUACCCCACCUAGUACUCUCCCAUUCACACCAUCACGGUGAGGGUCAAGAGCCGUUCUCCCAAGAACGAUUGGAUGAAUUGGACCGGAAAUGGGGCACAGAUUGGGGAUUCUCGGGAGUGUCGACAUUCGCCCAUCUCCCACACAUCCGUUGCUUAACACACCCACAAACCGAUUAUGACAUCGGCAUCCUAGGAGCCCCCUUCGACACUGCAGUGAGCUACCGUCCAGGCGCCAGAUUUGGACCACGAGCAAUCCGUGCGGGAUCAUCUCGACAGACCUCAUUCCGAGGCUUCAAUCCCCGCGCAGACAUCAACCCAUAUACGUCAUGGGCCAAGAUCGUGGACUGCGGCGAUAUCCCCAUCACGCCUUUUGACAACACACUUGCCGUCAAGCAAAUGAGCGAGGCCUACCAGGAACUUAGCACGAGAGCUCCCACUUCCCAGUCCGCAUCAUCACCCACAAAGUAUCUCCACAGGCCGAAGUUGGUGACCCUAGGCGGAGACCACAGCAUUGCUUUGCCAGCUCUCCGAGCACUGAAGCAGGCCUAUGGCCACCCAAUUGCCGUUGUCCAUUUCGACGCUCAUCUCGACACAUGGCACCCAGCCAAGUACCCCUCCGCCUGGAUUGACCCAGAAGACACAUCUUCCCAAUCCUUCUUCAACCACGGAAGCAUGUUCUGGCUCGCCGCAACAGAAGGCCUGAUCACGAAUGGAUCCUCCGUGCACGCCGGCCUCCGCACCCGUCUAUCAGGCGACAACGACGACGACUACAAAGACGACACGCAGCAGGGCUGGGUCCGCAUCGCCGCCGACGACAUCGACGACAUCGGCACCAAGGGCGUGAUCCAGACCAUCAUGGACCGCGUUGGCACGGAAACUCCAGUCUACCUCAGCAUCGACAUCGAUGUCAUUGAUCCCGGUCUAGCGCCUGGAACUGGAACCCCCGAGCCUGGAGGCUGGACGACGAGAGAGCUUAUUCGUAUCUUGAGGGGCAUUGAGGGAAUGAACGUUGUGGGUGCUGAUAUCGUUGAAGUUAGCCCUGCAUAUGAUUCUAAUGCUGAGGUCACGGGUGUCGCUGCUGCGCAGGUCGCGUACGAGAUCAUCACCAGUAUUGUAAAGAAGGGCUUGGUCGAGCAGGCGAAGACGGGAGCAUCCAGUGGCGAGAAGGUUAAGGAUGAGCUAUGAACCCGAAUCACGUUUCUUCACGACGAAUGAUGAGAUGAAACUCGACUUACAGGCUCGAUCAGUCCCUGUAGUCCCGCUGCUUAAGGUGCUCCACCAGUGCAUAUGCACUUGUAGCAGACCUGAGUAGUCUAAGUAUAUCUAGACCUUGAAAAAAAAGAAGCACGAAUGCCGACAUGGCACACCAAACCCUCAACUCUAGACUGAUAUGUCAAAAAUAAACAAGCCAUACCCUGAAGC